AGGUUAACUUCCAAUCAUCUGGGCUAAAUUAGAAUUUUAUAUAUUUUAAAAUUUUUAAUUUGGCCCCAUUUCUUUUUUUUUACUUCUUUCUCCCCCCCUCUCCCACCCCCUUAUUUUUCUUUUUCUUUCACCCCUUUAAUAUAUACUCCGGUUAGUUUUCAGGGAAGCAAUUCUACUCACUGGAGUGAGAUUAGACUUUCAAGCGAAGAAACGGAGGGCGCAAUAAGCACGGCCGCGGCCAUGUCAAGUUCGUUCGUUGUUGGUUCUCCUGUCUCCCAAGAACAUUAUGUUGGUCUUCUUCUUCGGCACCUCCACGUUUUCCCUAUAUAUAUACCCCCUGCCUUUAUCUUUGUCACGUACCUUUUACUGCUCUUCUCAGGCGUGUUCGCCACCGCCUCCGUCGCCGUUUCCGUCCGCCGCCACCACGACGUCCGCCGCCACGGUCGGGGACUGCAACAGCCUUCUCGUCCCCGCCGGCAUCCUCUUUCUUCGCAAGCGCAUUGCUGCACAUAUUCUCCACGUGGUUUUGGCCGGUGACGAGCGAAUCUCGGACUUCCUUGUCGGCGUCUGCCGGAAUUAAGAAGUAGCUGUACACUUCUAUGGCUUUCCUUCUUUUUAGCAGAUAUAGUUUCUUUCAUGUAUGGCCUAUAAAUUGGCUUUCCUAUGGAAUAAUAUAUCAUUAAGUUCUUCUCUGAUUCCUCUGUUGAUUUCCUGAGUUCUCCAAUUUAUAUUAGUUUCAUAUAUUUCUUCUUAUUAAGGUUGCUCACAACCUGUUUGAUAAAAGUUCCCAAAGAAACCCAGUCUACAUUUGAAGUGAAGAUCAGGUUGCGGACAUAAUGACAAAAGCUUUGAAGAUUUCAGCUUUUCAAAGGUUAAGGAAGCUGUUGGGUGUUUGUGAGUCUGCUUAAACUGAGAACAUGCUCAACGUUUCAGUUUAAGGGAGGGAAUGUUGAAGAAUAAGUAAUGUUGAAUAAGUCCAAUGCUGAAUAAGUCUAGUAUUGACUCAGUAUUUUUAGUACUCCGUAUUAAUCAAGUUUGUUGUCCUAU